GGUGUUCUGCAUUAUGUACAACACAGUGAUUCUCCUGGGAAUUAACUCAGCACCCCACGAUGCAGUGUCAAUGCCUAACAAAUUCUGAGGGUCGUGAAUGAAAGUGAUUGUGUUAUUUAAUGACACUCUUGCAACUGCAGAUUAUAUGUAAUAUUGAAUGAUGUGGGAAAUAAAGAUUCAUCAGAUGAAUACUGGAGAGAACAUUGGAAUACACAAAGAAUCUCCCAGUGCUGUGCUGAACGACAAACCUCCACAGUGGUUGCAAGUUCAUAAUCUGGUGAGGGUAUGCAAUUUAGUGUUUUUCACCAUUGCUCAUCUACUUAACCAUUGCCUAUGGGAGUUCUAAUAUGCAACUAAAAUGACUACAUUGGCAGAUGCAAGGAACUUGGGGAAUUCCUGUAGUUGCCAUUACAAAAGAUCGCUUUUAUUACGUCUGUAACCAUGGAAUGGUUGUGAGAGAUGGCCCUGCAGAUUUGAUGGGUACUUGCGGGUAUGGGUAAUAUGUAAUUCUGGAUAGCCACAGGGUGGUGUCCCUGGUUAGGGUUUGGGUGUAGUUCUUCAGUGUCACACAAGUAGCUUCUCAGGGAAAACUACAGCAUAUUGUGAAGGAUGUGGGAUAAGCAAGAUCAUCCUCUUGCCAUUGUGUGUUACCAAGUUCUGUGGUGUCUGCAAAACUUUGCAAGCCCUUGAAGGUCAUUAGCACUAAUAUGUUUCUGGACAUUAUCCAUCUGCUUGUCUUCAUCUAGAAACCAUCAUGUUUAUUUUUCAAAACAACGUUUCAGAGACUGGAUUGUCUCCAUCUUUGGGUAAAACCUACUCAGUUGGGCCCAAUCUAUAGAGCUACUCCUUAUCUCUGGACACCUGUGCCCCCUGUGCCAGCUUCAAGAGGGGAUGCAUAAAUAAAAUACAGUGCAAACCAUCUAUGAGAGCUAAGAAAAUAAAUUAUUAAAAUUCCACAUGUAUGAGGCCUUGCACCAGAGAAGUACUCCGAUUGAAAUUAUCACUUUGGAGAAACAAUAAGGAGUACUGCAUAUGAAGUACAAAUUUCAGAACUUAUUCCUUCCCUAGAAAAACAUUUCAGUGAACAAACCCCUUACAUUAUGGAAAGGAUGUUUGUUUUUCAAACAGUAUUUACUGAUAAGAAAGCUGCUAAACUUGGGAUAAAGAUUAUGAAUUAUGCAGAUCCAUUUCUGAUAUUUAUGGUCUCUUGUGGUACAUAUGGAUGAGGUACUUAACAACACCAAGUGUCCUGUCUUUCAGUCAUAAUGGCUUUGCUCCCUUUCCUUCCUUAAACAAGCUGAGUGCUUUGAGAAUUAGCAGUUGGUUUUUAAAAUAUGACAGGAACUAUCCUAUGCCAGUCCUAUUUCACUUCUCUAGUGUUCAUUGGAGUUGAUUCUCUCCAUGGAGUGCCAUGGAGAGAAAUCUGAGCAACUUCAGCAUAAAGCAUGCCACCACGACCAACUCUGUUAAGCUCUCGCAAAACAAAAUUCUACAUGUAGUUUUAAACGUUCUUAAUACCUGCAAUUCUAAACUGGACCACGAAGAAAGUGAAUUGCAUAAAGACCAAGAACAAGCGAAUGUUAUCAACUGACUUUAGUUGUAACUUAGGGGAAACGGAAGUAGAAACUGUUGGGAUGUUGGAAGUUGCGCCUAAAUACGAUUGUAACUGUGUUCUGCGUUUUGUUUUACCAGCAACUUUUUUAACCUGGGAAUUAGCGUAAUUAAGUGUAAAAGCAGACACAAAUCGAAUUUCAAAAUUAGUUAUGGCUGUACAGCCUAAUCAACAUUUAACUGUAGAUGCUCCACAACAGAAAGGCUUUGUGAAUUUCUUCAAGUCAUUGCCAGAGAAGCCUGCUACUACAGUGCGGUUCUUCAACCGUGGGGAUUACUUUACCUUGCAUGGGGCGGAUGCCAUCUUUGCAGCCAAGGAGGUGUUCCGCUCAGCAGCCGUGGUGAAGUUCAUUGGUGCUGACAAUAAUCGCAUCGAGUCUCUUGCGCUGAGCAAGUCAAACUUUGAGUCAUUUGUGAGAGACCUGUUGCUUGUGAAACAGUACAGGGUUGAGGUGUAUGUGACCCAGGGUUCAGGAACUAAGAACAGCAAUGACUGGACGCUUGAGUACAAGGGAUCUCCAGGCAACCUGGUGCAGUUUGAAGACCUCCUGUUCAGUAACGUGGAUCUGGUUGUGGGGACUGCGGUCAUUGCUGUGCGCCUUGCUGGGAACCCUAAAGCACGAGUGGUGGGCAUGGGCUUUGCAGACACCACUGAAUGGAAGCUGUCAGUGUGUGAGUUCCCAGAUGACCAGCACUUCUCAAACCUGGAGGCCCUGACAGUGCAGCUCGGCCCCAAGGAGGUGCUGCUCCCCAUCACACCAGAAUCUUCGGUGGACAUGGCCGAGGUUAAGAAGGUUAUGGAGCGCAGCAGUGUCCUUGUGACACAGCGCAAGAAGACAGAGUUCUCCACUGAUGGGCUGGCCCAGGAUCUGAACCGUCUCCUGCUCUUCAUGGAGGGACAACAGCAUAAUUCAUUGGCUCUACCUGAAUUGAACUUCACCACGGCAACCAGCAGCCUCGCUGCGCUUAUCAAGUAUCUUGAGCUGGGAGCUGACCAGGGAAAUUUUGGGCAGUUCACCCUUACCACACUGGACCAUACCCGAUUCGUUCGCAUGGAUGCUGCAGCCAUCCGUGCACUGAGUCUGCUUCCACCUCCUGGCUCUGGCGCUGCAAAUCGUAACCGGAGUGUGCUGGGACUUAUAGACCAGUGUCGCACUGCACAGGGUCACAGGCUACUGGCCCAGUGGUUGAAACAGCCCCUGAGGGACCGCCAUGCCAUUGCCGAGCGUCACGAUGUGGUGCAAGUGAUCCUGCAGGACACCGCGAUGCGCCAGGCGUUAAGAGACGAACAUCUGCGCCGCAUCCCUGACCUGCAGGCCCUCUCCAAGAAGCUAGGACGCAAGAAGGCAGGCCUGCAGGAUUGCUACAGGAUCUACCAGGCAGUGGGACGUGUGCCACAGCUAAUGCAAUCGCUGGAUGGGCAUGACGACUUUCCCGCACUGCGUUGCAUGUUCAUCGAGCCACUAACGGACUUGCUGAGUGAUAUGCAGCGUUUCCAGGACAUGGUGGAGACCACACUCGACAUGGAUCAGGUGGACCGUGGAGAGUUCCUGGUCAAACCAAGCUUUGACGAUGAUCUGCAAGAAUUGCGUCAGAUGAUGGAUAGUCUGGAGGAGCGCAUCAAGAAGCAGCUGACGUGUGCAGCCCGUGACCUCGGUCUGGAACCGAACAAGACCAUCAAGUUGGAGUCCAAUGCUCAAAUGGGCUACUUCCUUCGAGUCACCCUGAAGGAAGAGAGGGUCCUGCGCAAUAACAAGAAUUAUGAGACACUGGACACCAACAAGAGUGGCGUUCGGUUUCACAGCCCAGUGCUGGCCGAUUUGAACUCAGAGUACCUGCGGGCACGCAGUCGCUAUGCAGAGCAGCAGAAAGCCAUUGUGACUGAGAUUGUCAACAUUGCAGCUGGGUAUGCUGGCACUCUGCAGCAAAUAGGUGAUGUGCUGGCAUGCCUGGAUGUGCUGGCAAACUUUGCAGAAGUGGCAGUUACUGCUCCAAAGCCAUUCGUCCGCCCGACGCUGCAUGACGAAGGUGCAGGAAUGCUGAUCCUGAAGCAGGUGCGCCAUCCUUGCCUGGAAGUGCAAGAUGGCACCUCCUUCAUUGCCAAUGAUGUCUACUUCAAGCACGGUGAAUGCACUUUUCAGAUCAUCACGGGUCCCAACAUGGGUGGCAAGAGCACUUACAUACGUUCAGUUGGCAUCAUGGCACUUCUUGCCCAGAUUGGCAGCUUUGUGCCAUGUGACGAGGCAGAAAUGUCACUCGUUGAUGCAAUACUUGCACGUGUUGGGGCAGAUGACUGUCAGAUCAAGGGCAUGUCCACCUUCAUGACCGAGAUGGUGGAGACUGCAGCUAUCAUCAGGACGGCUACCAGCAACUCACUGGUGAUCAUUGAUGAGCUGGGACGUGGCACCUCGACAUAUGAGGGUUGUGGCAUUGCCUGGGCUAUUGCAGAGCACCUCGCUAAAGAAGUUAAGGCCUUCUGCCUGUUUGCCACACACUUCCACGAACUUACUCAACUGGCAGAGGAGGUGGCAACACUCCGUAACCUGCAUGUCACUGCUGUGACAUCUGAGGACUCACUUACUCUGCUGUACCAAGUGAUGCCGGGUGCAUGUGACCAGAGCUUUGGGAUCCAUGUUGCCGAGAUGGCACGUUUCCCGAAGCAUGUCAUAGAGUAUGCAAAGAGGAAGCAGAAUGAGCUCGAAGACUAUCAGGGGCUGGACUUCAGCUGCAGCAGCCCAGAGGACAAGCGCAAGAUCAUCAAGGAAGGUGAACGGCUCAUGCUGAAAUUCCUGCAGAGGUGCAAGGAGCUGCAUACAGAUGGCACAAGUGAGACAGAACUGCAAGAUAAAAUGGAGCAGCUAAAGGCAGAAGUGCGGGCUCACAACAAUGUUUAUAUCACAGCCCUGCUGGCUCAAACGUAGCACCCGAUGGCUGUAUUGAUACACUUAAAGUUGAAUAAAACAAAUUAAUCAGAAACUUGAAA